AUGUGCACAGUAAAGCGCAACCCGUUCUCCUCGUUUGCUCAAAUUCGCCAGGUUUCCAGUUCUCCUUAUGGUCGUGCACACGUAUGGAAGCGGCGAGCACCUGUUCUUAUCAACCCGAUGGUCCCAAAAUUUCCACAGCGCGUCAUUCGUGCAGAUGGCACUACAUUCACUCACUGGACCACAUCUCCUCGGUCUAUGAUUCGCCUCACUAGAGACACUACCAAUAAUCCGGUUUGGAAUACCCAUUUGUGGGCAGAUGACCAAGCAGUUCAGGACGAAGCUAGCACUACAGGAAGGCUAGGUCGGUUCAACAGGAGAUUUGAGGGCAUUGGAGGUGCAGGGGGAGAACAGGUAGAUUGGAUGAAUGGCACUGGCUAUCUCAAGUUGGAAGGAGAACUUGUUGAUCCAGGACAAUACUUGAAAAAACAGAAGAAGGGAAAAAAGGGUGGAAGAUGA